AUGGGAACCGAAAUGCUAAAUAGGAGGCUCGCCGAAGCUCUGAGGGAAAAGCAGACUAGUCGGCGGUUGACCGAACUGGAACAGGAGAUACUCCGCUUAUGUACCGAAUCCGGCGCCGUGGCAGCCAGCUUGCUAGAGGCAGUCGACAAGGUCUCUGUCCGCGACCAGCCUGGAUCAUUCGAUGCCGCGCGUGGUGUGAUCACGGCAUUAUGGAAACGGAAGAGCAUCAUGGCCCUUGGAUCCCGUCUGGCUAGCUUGAAGGGAAGGCUCACAGACGCCAUUCUCAUCAAUAUGCAGCUUGAUAUGGCCAGUAUUUCCCAGAAACAGAGCCAAUUCUGGACAUUAUCCGGCGACGAUACUAAGACGAUUCAAGAAUGGGCCAGAGCCCAGCAAAAGCACAUGGAGCAGCUCCAGGAGAAUCUUGUGAAGGCGGUUACGGCAAGCCACUUGCAGCUACUCCAGAGUUUGGAAGAAAGCUCAUGGGAAGGGCUGCCAAGUUGGGACAAAUCACCCGUCGCCCACACGUUGACUGAAUCAUUGUUAAAUUUAUUAGACUAUGGAGAGAUCCGUGACCGCGAGAGUAAGAUUUCGCGGACCUUUGAGGUUACAUUACAAUGGAUCUUCUCCAAGAAGAGCGGACGGAGCAACUUCCGGGACUGGCUUGUUGGUGGGAACGGCGUCUACUGGAUCACCGGGAAGCCAGGAUCGGGGAAAUCGACGCUGAUGAAGAUGCUGUGCCAAGAUCCACAGACAACAGAGCUGCUUGCGUCAUGGAGUGGGUCUACACCGGUUGUUACAGCCGCUCACUACUUCUGGAACUCUGGCACAGAGCUACAAACGUCACAGGAAGGACUGUUGAGGUGUCUGCUACACCAAGCACUUUCAGCAAGGCUUGCCGUCCGUCCAAGCUCCUCCCUUUCCAGCAAGUGGAGUGCCUUCAGUCUUUCCGUCAUCAGUAGACAGUCUAACCGACUUGGCAGCAAUUCAUCAAUUGCGUCAAACGCCCUCAACUGGGAUCAGCUGAUCCAGGCCUUUCGUUUCCUCGUCGAAGAAGACAAGGAGUCUAUGGUCAACUAUGUUUUCUUCAUCGAUGGCCUGGACGAAUACGUCGGGGAACCGAGGAAGCUCAUAUCUAUAGUGCAGCAACUGGCAUCGUAUCCUGAUGUCAAGAUAUGUGUGUCAAGCAGACCUCUGAUUGUUUUUGACGACGCCUUCAAGAAGUCACCAAAGCUCAUGCUUCAAGACUUUACGAAGGGAGAUAUCGCACUCUAUGCUAACGAAAACCUAUCCCGAAGCGUGGCGUUCCGAGAGCUCACGCGAUAUGAUCCGGCUUACGCGUCGCGUCUAAUCGAGGACAUCACCUCCAAGGCAUCAGGCGUCUUCCUUUGGGUUGUUCUCGUUGUGAGAUCACUCUUAGAGGGCAUAGCAGAGGGAGACAAUCUAACAGAGCUCGCAAGGAGGUUUGAAGAGCUCCCUGAAGAGCUGGACGAGCUUUUCAAGAAAAUGCUCCACGGAAUGACUGGUGAUCACUUCCGAGAUGCCGCACACUUGUUUCGACUGUUCUCAAAAGCCACCACAAGACGAUCUGUCUUGCUGCUAUCCUUGGCAGACGACCAUGACCACGAAUGGGCAUUAAAGCAACCUGUCCGAGUCCUGACCGCAGAGGAGCUUUUGUUCAGAGCCAACGCAAUGAGACGUCGGCUGUCCAGUCGAUGCAAGGGCCUUCUUGAAAUAGGGCCGCUCGGGCUUCCCCCCGACUACGUCUGGCAAGGCUCAAGAAAAUGCUCCGCCGGGACCACUUUGCCUAGUGUCGCGGCGUGCCCCAGCCUGGGAGAUGCACGUAGGCCCCCUACGGAGGAUACAGAUGCCAACGAUGGAUAUCUCUUAGCCGCGGCCGAGAUUGACUACCUACACAGGACGGUGAAGGACUUCCUCACAUCGCCUCUGAUGGGGCUGCAGAUCGUCCAAGGCUCUGACAAGUCCUUCACCCCUCACGCGGGACUAUUCCGGGCGCAUCUAGUUCACCUCAAAGCUGUGCCCAUCGAUGAACUGCGGCCGACAUUGUUUGUAGACGUCGUGUCAAGAUGUCUGGAUGAAGUCUGCAAACUCUCUCAAUACGACAAAGAACUCCAUAUCCGUUACCUCGAUGCGCUAGACGAUGCCGUACAACAGCUUGCUACGAAACGAAACGCAAAUAGCAUGACAUACAUCGAGACCAUAUGGGGCAAGGGAUCCGGUGACUAUCACUGGGUAAGCACGGACACGAGGCUAAAGUGA